AUGCGACUCCUCUCACGUCUCGAAAAAGGCUCUCGCAAGCCCAAUGACACUAUAUGGCCAAUAUCACCGUCAUUAUCUUCAUCCUCACCCUUUACGUCCCAGUCAUCCUCUACAGAGUCACCCACUUCACCCCCCUCCUCCCCUCCCUCGCCAAUCUCUUACUUCGAUCCCUUCGAAACACCCAAAUGUCCCAUGUCAUGGACAUGGACCUGCCACACCUGCAACCGCAACUGGCGCAUAGGCACGACCAGUCGCUGCCUAAACUGCAGUCAUCGCAUGUGCAUGCUCUCAGAGUCAACAAACUCACCAUCAAGACGCAAAAAGUUCAAUUCACCCACCGACUUAUCACCAGACCAACCACUCCUAUCCUCUCUACUAUCUGCCGAAAAGCCUGAUAUCCGUCGCCCCAUUCUUCCCCUCAAAGACGACGCAGGCCUAGAUAGAUAUCGAUACAACCAACAACUCAAACGCCACUUUCGCAGAUCUCGAAAUCGACAGGAUCGCAGAAGGAAAGCGAAAUAUUGUCGCAGUCAGUUCGAUUAUGCGGGAUGGGAGGAGUGGAAUGAGUGGCGGAGAGACGUUAGGCAGUUCAGAAAUGCGUUGAGAAGGGGGUAUGAUGACGGGGAUGACACUGAUGAGAGUGAGAGCACGCUUGCCGAUGAAGAAGACGAGGCGGAGGAAGAUGGCGCCGACGAGGAUCGGGCGUACAAGCUGUUUCCUGCGACGGGCAGGUUGCAUGUUGUCGCUUCUUCGGGUCCCGCUGCCGCUGCCGCGAGAAAAGAGCCAUUGGAGUGGAAUUGUUGGGAUGAUUGCGAUUUUCCGGCUCAUUGCAUUCAUGCGCGGAACGAAAGGAUGCAGCGAGAGGCUUCACUUAAUCGAGUAUUUUUGUGA